CCCUGCAGACAAAGGCUUCUUCAACUGCGACGGGUUCCUGGCGCUGAUGGGCAUCUACUGGGAGAAGGCCCAGAACCAGGAGGGGGAGCUGCGGGCCGCCUUCCAGGUCUUCGACAAGGAGGGCAAGGGCUACAUCGACUGGGACACGCUCAAGUAUGUGCUCACGAAUGCGGGCGAGCCCCUCAAUGAGGUGGAGGCGGAGCAGAUGAUGAAGGAGGCCGACAAGAACGGGGACGGGACCAUCGACUACGAGGAGUUCGUGGACAUGAUGACCGGAGAGUCCUUCAAGCUGGUCCAGUAGGAGCUGCUGCUAGGCCUUGGGAGGCCUGCUGACCACCCACCUACCACGCCCUGCCCCACCCAAUCCCAUCCACCCACCUGCCCUGCUCACCCACCUGCCCCACCCACCCCAGAAAAGUAGCCAAUAAACGCGCCCGCAAGACUCCUGUGGCUCCCCCGCCCCAGCCUGGCACAGAUGUGGGUCUGGAAAGGGGGAGGGUUUCCCAGAGGCAGCCAGGGCGCACAGAUAUCACCUGCUGUGAUAUCUGAUCCCACCCAUAGCCGCAGCCCGAAGGUGAGGCUGGUGCAGGUCGAGCCCAAGCACUCACCCUGCCCACCUGCCAGGGUGGGGUGGCGGCCCGAGAGCCCUCCGAGCACG